AUGGUUCGAUGCGAGUGGCUUAUGUGCUUGUUUAUUCAGCUGUGUGCCAGCAAAAUAGAGAACGAUUUUAAGCGCUUGGCUGUACGCGACAAUGUGGGAAAUCAUUUUUCAGAAGUCAUCGUUGAUGCCUUGAACCGUUAUUACGUCAAAAAUCAUUCUGCAACGAUGGUGAUGCGCCUGUCAACGAUUAGUCCGCAGACGUACCACCUGCAAUCCGACAUCAUGGACGAGAUCAUGGAGCGAACUUCUCAUAGCAUUGCAUAUGAAUUUCGAUCAUCGAACAAUCGCACUCGACGACCUAGGAUUUUCAACAUUGCUUUUAUCGAUGGUUACGGUGCCUUUCGCCAACUGUUCCAUGCUCUCGAUCCUGCAUAUUACGAUUUUUCUGGCUAUUACCUGAUCGUGCUGACUAAUUUCGGUAAACUGCUACCAGAAACUCUCGAGAGAAUUUUCGGUUUCCUGUGGAGACUCAAUGUGGUAAAUGUCAACAUUAUUACGGCGGAUCUACAAGACCAUUCACAAUGGCAGAGCGUGCUGAUGUAUACCUACUACCCGUAUCAGCCAAACAGUUGUGAGAAAACGUUCCCGAUUCUGUUGCAUCGUUUUCGGAAGGGUCAAAGGCUGGAUCACUUGGUGGAGUUGUUUCCCAAUAAGUUGAGCAAUUUUCACCGCUGCCUUGUCACAGUUGGCACCUUCCACUUGCCUCCGUUCAUUCUGCUUAUGAACCAUGCCUCCAACGACGUCUAUGGAGGUGUCGAAGGUGAUCUGCUACGCGCCCUCAGCCUCAAACUAAACUUCACGGUGCAUCUUGUUGAGCCACAUGACGGCGAGCUUUGGGGCACUAUCGUAGCAGACUCCAACAACUCCAUAGUGAACUCUACUGGUUGUGUAGGUUUAGUCCUGAGCGAGAGAGUCAACCUCACGGUAGGGCGCUUUGCAAUUCGCGGUGAUCGUAACUUGUGGAUGAAACACAGUCGCAGCUACUACACCGUGCGCAUGGUGUUUGGAGUUCCAGCUGGAAGAGAGUAUACUCCCUUUGAAAAGUUGUUUCGUCCGUUCGCUCGUCUCACCUGGCUGUUGUUAGCAUUCUAUCUCAUGAUUGCUCUAGUCGUCAUCUUCGUUAUCCGCUUGGGGCACAGUACAAAAGUUCGAUCGUUCGUUUAUGGACGCGGGGUCUCUACACCGGCGCUGAAUUUGCUCAAUGUUCUACUUGGGGGGGCACUACUGUUACUGCCUUCACGCAACUUCGCUCGUACUGUGCUCUUUCUUUGGAUGUAUUACUGCCUGGUGUUGCGGUCGCUUUAUCAAGGCUCGCUGUUUGAGUACCUGCAAGAACGCAAAAAUUUUAGUCCCCUGCAAACUGUGGAGGCGAUUGUGCGUGAAGACUACCGCGUCUACUCAUUACAGGGCUCAGCUCUCUACCUGCAACAGAUGCCGAACGUCCUAGAACGCACCACCUGGCUGCCAGAUGAUGAUGCUUUAAUGGAGCAGUAUUUACAUGAUUUGGCAGUAUAUAAAGCACCUUCUGUCGCUCUCUUCACCGAUAUAGAACGUGUUGCUUACUACAACCAUCUCAAGAAGCGCACUGGCCCCGUGUACGUUGCUGGUACCGUGUUGGUGCGGUUCCCUAUCGGGAUCUACUACCCCAAAAAGUCCUGCCUCGCCAACCAGUUUGAUCGCGAGAUCGACGGUUUACUCACUUCCGGGCUCUUCACUCACCAAUUGCAGCAGUACGUAAACUACGACUUCUUCGGACGACCCGCUCCUCAUCAGAACCUACCGACUCCUCUCACUCUGGACCAGUUGCUAGGAAGUUACGAGACGCUGCUUGGACUGCUGCUAUCCGCCAGCAUUCUGUUGUUGCUUGAGCUCGCCUCACGCCGAUUCGGAUUUCUUCAGGCACUGUUCACUUUCUUACAGGCUGAGUAG